CUGAGUACCUGAGGUCACAUACUGACGCUGUGGAAGAAGGAGGCAGUCCUCCUGUCUACACAUCUCUCUCUCACCUCCUCGCUGCUCUGUCCUUUACCCACCCGACUUUAUCAAAUCAAGAUGAAAACGUUAUUUUUGUUGCUUCUCUUCUGUCACGUUUCAUCAGCAGUGAAACACUCAGUGACGAUUUUUCUAACUGGAUCCAGUGGAGUCCCAAACUUAUCAGAGUUUGUGUCAGCUCUAGAGUUUGAUGGAAGUCCGGCCAUUUACUGCGACAGCAACAAAAAGAUUUUAGAACCAAAACAGGACUGGAUGAAAAAAGUAUUACGAUAUGAUCAUCAGUCCUUUGAGUGGGCCACUCAGGAGUGUUUUCAAAAAGGGCCAAACAUAUACAAAGUCAGGAUUCAGAAUUUGAAGCAGCGCCUCAACCAAAGUGGAGGUGUCCACAUUUUACAGGAGAUGUUAGGAUGUGAGUGGGAUGAUGAGACUGGAGAGGUUAAUGGUUUUAAUCAGUUUGGUUAUAAUGGAGAAGACUUCAUAUCUCUUGACCUGAAGACAUUGACAUGGAUCGCUCUGAAACCUCAGGCUGUCACCACCAAACUGAGAUGGGAUGCUGAGAAAGCUAGAAUAGAAGAUGUUAAGAAAACAAUCACUGAGAUUUUCCCUGGCUUCCUGAAGAAGUAUGUGGACUAUGACAUCAGCUCUCUGCUGAGAAAAGACCGUCCCUCAGUGUCUCUCCUCCAGAAGACUUCCUCCUCUCCAGUCAGCUGCCACGCUACAGGUUUCUACCCUGACAGUGCCACACUCAUCUGGAGGAAAGAUGGAGAGGAGAUUCAUGAGGACGUGGACCACGGAGAGAUCCUCCUCAACCACGAUGGAUCCUUCCAGAUGAGUGUUGACCUGAACCUUUCAUCAGUCACACCUGAAGACUGGAGGAGGUACGACUGUGUGUUUCAGCUCUCUGGUGUGAAGAACGACAUCGUCACCAAACUGGACAAAGCAAAGAUCAGGACCAACUGGGGCAAAACUGGGUACGAAAUUGACAAAGAGGAGCCCAGUAACAUCACCAUCCUGAUUACUGCUACAGUGGUUGUUCUUGCUGUCGUCCUCAUUGCUGCGAUUGGAUUUAUCGUUUACAAAAAGAAGAAAGCCAAUCGCCCUCCACGUCCUCCUGAAAACAGCUCUGAGCUCUCUGAGAAACUGAAUCCAGAAACAUCACGAGCAAACACACCACCCUGCACACAGUGACGUCAUGUGGGACAACAAAACAGUGAACCUAACACCUCCAGUUAAAGCAGUUUAAUAUUGUUUUGUCGUUCACUGUAAAACCUCUGAAUCACUUUAUAGCUGCAAAGAAAAUAUCUGACAAAGAGCUGGUUUCCUAUGACCAACGGUAGAUAAAGAUAAGUGAGAUUAUAAAGAGGAAAACAAGCUAAAUAGGGCAUUGAUGCUCACAUCAGAAAAUAAAAGGAAGAAAUAUUCCUUUAAAAUCAGCCCUCUGUUAAAAUGUUGUAAGAUUGUGAAUAUUUUAGAUCUCAUUGAAAUCAGAAACCUCAGGUACUGAUACAAUGUUAUAACCUUCGUUGAAUUGAACUUUCCAAAUAUUUCUGAUGAAGUUAAUUCUGUUUUAUGUGAUUAUUCUCUCCGUCUCUUCAGGUUUGUGGUUCAUACACUCACUUUGUACGUAGUGUGAAACAUGUUGACUGUGGCUGUUUUCUUGGAACUUUAUUAUCAGUUAUGCACAGCGAGUUUUCUUUAGUCCAAGGUUGAUGUGAGCACACACGUCCUGAUGCCAGUUUAUAGGACUGACAGCUGAGAAGAGUGAUAUCACUGUACAGUUUGUGGUGUAGGAUGACUUCAGCUCAGCAUUCAACAACACAUUCUCCCUCGGUCAACUCAGCACUCUGGACACUGCAGCGGGUGAUUAAAACCACCCAGAAGAUCAUUGGUACUCAGCUGCCCAGCAUCAGUGAUACUGCUGAGGUGAGAUGCCUGCACAGAGUCCAAAGGAUACUAAAAGACAGCACCCACCCCAGACACACCCUGCUGCCAUCUGGGAAGAGGUACAGAAGCUUCUGCUGCCGGACCACCAGACUGCAGAGCAGCUUCUUCCCUCAGGCAGUGAGGCUGUUGAAUUCUUCCACAACAAUUCUUCAUGAAGAUUAGUCCUUUUUAUUUAUGAAACAUUUUAUCACUCACUAACUUUUGUUGUCAUUGCUGUUGUUGUUGUUGUUGUUGUUGUUGUUGUUGUUGUUGUUGUUGUUGUUGUUGGAAGUAGCACAAAGGGGACGAUGGUUGAAGGGGAAACUAGCUUGUUGAGGGAGGUGGUGUCUUUGAGAGUGAUAAAAAGAGAGGCUGUAUUUUCACCAGUUUGUCACAAAUAGAUUGUUUUAAGAUCAUUAGUAAUGGAUGCUCUUGCUCCAAUACAUAUCACUCGUUCUUAGUGAAGUCAGAACUAAUGAGAGGUGGAUGAAGCUGUCUGGAGCUUUGGGGCUUCAAAUGCAGCAGCACAGUGACAUCUGGUGGCAACAGCAGCCCUUCACGACUGGAGCCAAAGCACCACAACACCUCUCUGAUUUUAAUGCUUUUAGUCUCAUAGGUGUGCAAUAAAAGUCCAAGAAGCCUGUGUGUUAUCAUUACAUUUGUAAUACUGUUGUUCAAGUGCUGCAUUAAAAAAUUAAUAAUUUGUGUGAUAUGUUACAGUAAAAUAAUUCAUAAAUACUUUGUCCAAAAAGCCUAGAUAAUAAAUAUUGUUACUGACAUCAAA